AUGCCUCCAAAAUCAAAAAAGAAAAAGAAACCCGCUAAUCCAGCACGUGGAUUUGCUACAAAAAGUACUCCCUCAAAAAUAAAAGAUACAGAAACAACUGAUGACAAUGAAUCAAUUAAUAAAACUAAUGAAGAAGAAAAUUUGCCAAUGGUAGUUGAAAGUGUUAAUGAUCAGGAGGCUAUAGAAGAAGAAGAUAAAGAAGACAAAUUUUUGAUUUCAUUGAUAGACAAGUUAAAACACAUUGAUGAAAAGAAAGUUGAUAGAUAUUUCAAAGAAUUAUCAUCAUUAUCAUCAAUCGAAUUGAAUAAUUUUGACGAUUGGCCAAUUUUGAGCCUUGAUUCAAAUAUUGAACAUAAAAUUAUUGAGCAUUUACAAAAAGUAGAAAAUCAUGAGGAUUACGUUAAUACUAAUGAUGUGGAAAUUAGAUCAACAAAAGAUUAUGAGCGAAUGAUUUCUGAAUUAGACAUAGUUUAUAUGACAUUAUUACGCCUUGGAUUCAAACAAAUUGACAUUGAGAAAUGUAUCAAAACAUUAGGAAAAAGAACAAAGUUAAAAAUGAAUGUUAAUUCAACAAAUUUUGAUAAUUUAUUAAGUGAAAAAACACAAGAGGAUGAUGAUGAUAAUGAGAAAUUGUUGACAGAAAUGAAUCUUAAUAAUAACAAACAUUCAAAUAAGCUGAAGCAUAAAAAUCUAUCAAAUCCUUCAUAUGAUUAUAACAAAGAAGAAGAAUCAGAUGAUCCAAAUGUUUUAUAUGCAGAAUUUAAAUAUGAAUUAAUUAUUCAACAAAAAUAUUUAAAAACAUUGAAUAAAUCAUCAGAAGUUGGUUCUCAAAAGGAAAUACAGGAAAUGAAAGAAUUGAUCAACAAAAUCAAUAAAACAAUUCAGGAAAUAAAUUCACAAAUUAAUUUAGUAAAAGAAGAUUAUUUCUUUUCUCUAAAUGAGGCAGAGAAAUUAUUUAAUGAAUUGAACGCCAGAAAGAAUUUGGACCAAGAAGUCGAACAAUUAUUUCAAAUGUAUAAUUUCAAAUUCACUGAAGAUAAGGAGGAGGAGGCGGAAAGAGAAAAAAUGAAAAAAGCAGAAGCAAGCUCAGAAGAAGUGGAGGUGGGAGAUGAAGAAAUUAAAGCAGAAAAGGAUGUUAAUGAUGAUGAUGAAUUACAUUUUGAUGAUUUACUAAAUAAUCAUGAGUCUAAUGAUUUAUUUGAUGAUAUUGGUGACAAUGAAAAUCUUUUAUCAGGAUUGUUAGAAAUUCCAACUAAUAAUAAUCAACAAAAUAACAAUAUUAAUUUACCAAACAACAUAGUAAGUAAACUACGUGAUAUGUCAUAUUCAAAUUGGGUUGGCCAAUCACCAAAAGAAAUUUUAUCAGAAUUUUGUAGGAAGAAAGAUCGUAAUGUUAAAAUUUCAUUUGGAUCAAUUCCAAAUAAUAACAGUAGUAUUCAGAAGGCUUUUGUGAAAAUUGAUUGGAGUAACACUAAAGAUUCAAAUUUUUUUUCAAUGAAAGAUAGAGAAGAAGGAUGUAGGACAAAAGAUGAAGCAUUUAAUUAUGUAUCAACAUUGGCAUUAAUAGAAUUGACUAAUAAUCAACCUUUAUAUUUGAGAUUACCCAUACCAUAUAAAGAACUCUGGUUAGAAAUUGUUAAUGAUAAAGAGUUAUCAAUUCGUAAUAGUAAAUAUGCAAUUGAAAAAGAACGAAUGAAAUUUUUGGUAUCAGUGUUGGAUGAUAACAAUAAUAAUAAAGCUAAAUCAUCCAGUAUAAAUUAUGAUAUUAUUAAGGAUAAUAAAGACAGUAAUGUCGAAAUUUCAGCUUUAAAUUAUUUAAAGACAAAGUCUAAUAUUAUUACUCAAGUAGGAAUUAGUAUGAGACAAGAAUUUAUUGAGAGGAGGAAAAAAAAUUAUAAAAUAUAUGAGAGAAUUAAUUCUGAUCGACAGAAGCUUCCCAUUUACAAAUAUCGUAAUGAAAUAUUGAAGAAAAUUGAAGAAAAUCAAGUGGUGAUUAUAUGUGGUGAAACUGGUUGUGGAAAAAGUACUCAAGUUCCUCAACUCAUUGUAGAAGAUAUGAUAUUAAAUGAUUACGGAGAUAAGUGUCAAGUCUUAUGUACCCAGCCACGUCGAAUUUCAGCAAUUUCAAUUUCUACAAGAGUUUCAUAUGAAUUGGGCGAUCCACCAAAUUCAAUUGGCACUAAUAGAUCAUUAGUUGGAUAUCAAAUUCGAUUGGAAUCACGUACAUCAAAGUCAAAUGUAUUGAAAUUUUGUACAAAUGUAGUACAUGAAAGAAGCCUGGAAUCGGAUUUCUUAUUGAUCAUUCUUAAAAAUUUAUUGACAAGGAGACCAGAUCUAAAAAUUAUACUGAUGAGUGCAACAGUUGAGUCAAAUAAAUUUUCUCAAUAUUUUCAUCAAUGUCCAAUAAUUGAAGUUCCUGGUAGAACAUUCCCCGUUAAAGUCAAGUACUUAGAAGAUAUUAUUGAAGCAACAAAGUAUACACUGGAUGAGGACGAUGAAUUUGCAAAGAAGGCUGAUAAGUCAUUGAUAUUAGCUGAUAAUGAAAAUGCAAUUAUUAAUAUUGGAAGAAAAAAAAAUAAAUCAAAAACGGUUAAGAUACAAAUGGAAGAUUUUGAAGAUGGAAAAGAAUAUUCCGAUAGUUUGUCAAUUCCAGAUGAAGCAUUGGAAUCUUAUUCAACACAUACUAUACAAAUGCUUAAUCGUAUAGAUGAAUAUCUUAUAAAUUAUGAUCUUAUAAUAAUUAUUCUGAAAUAUAUUUGUAUUAACAGUAGUGGUGAUAAUUCUGAAAAUUUAAAUAUAAAUAUCGAGUCAAAAGAAGAAAUGCCUUUAGACGGUUCAAUAUUGAUAUUUUUACCAGGAAUGCCAGAAAUAAGAAGAUUGCAUGAUCAACUUAUUUCUGAAAGAUAUUUUAAUGAUGAAAACAAAUUUCUAAUUUAUCCCUUACAUUCAUUGAUUUCAUCAGAGAAUCAAGGAAUGGUAUUUGAAGAUGCACCAAACGGAGUAAGAAAAAUAAUUUUAUCUACUAAUAUUGCAGAGACAGGAAUAACAAUACCAGAUGUUACAAUUGUUAUUGAUACCGGUAAAGUCAAUCGAGUCAGGUACAAUGAAUCAAAAAAAAUUACAAAUUUACAAGAAAUGUUUAUAUCAAAAGCCAAUGCAAAGCAAAGAAGAGGUAGAGCUGGUAGGGUAAAGGAGGGAUUGUGCUUUCAUUUAUUUACAAAAUGGAGAUUUGAAUACAAGAUGAGUGAUUAUGAAUUACCAGAAAUUAUGAGAUUACCACUACAAGAUUUAUGUCUUAAAAUUAAAGUUUGUGGGUUAGGAAAUAUUUCUGAUGUAUUGUCAGAAGCAUUAGAUAAACCAAAUGAAUUAGCAAUACAAAAUGCAAUAUCAACUUUACAAGAGGUACAAGCAUUGACAUCUGAUGAAAAACUGACACCACUUGGAACACAUUUAUCACAUUUACCAGUUGAUGUGCAUAUUGGCAAAAUGUUGUUGUUUGGAUCAAUAUUUAAAUGUCUGGAUCCAAUAUUAACAAUUGCAUCAAUACUAAGUCAUAAAAGUCCAUUUUCUACACCAUUUGGUAGAGAAUCAGAGGCUGACAAAGCUAAAAGCAAAUUCAACGAUUCCAAUUCUGAUUUACUGACAAUGUACAAAGCUUACAUUAAAUGGAGAGAAUAUUAUGAGAAGUUUGGUGGAUUUUCAAAUGAAACUAGAGAUUUUUGUCAUAAAAAUUUUUUAAAUAUUCAAAAUUUGAUGACGAUUGAAGAUCUUAAAAAACAAUUUUUGAGUUUGUUGGUUGACAUUGGAUUUGUUAGAUUUGAACAAAAUGCGGAUUUGAAAUUUUUGAGCAGAAAUAAUCGUAAACUUUGUAAAAUGCCAUUAAAUUACAAUGCACAAUCCAACUCAUACUCAAUUAUCAAUGCAGCAAUAGUUGCAGGAUUAUAUCCAAAAAUCUUAUAUUAUAAUUCAAAAAACAAAGAAUUAAUCACCAUAAUAAACAACGACCAAAAACUUGUCAAUAUUCAUCCAUCUUCCAUAAAUUUCCAUACCAUUAGAACAUCGUCCAAUUCUACGAUUGCCAGUAAAUUUUUUGUAUACAAUACAAUGAUAAAAACAAAUAAAGUUUAUGUUAGAGAUACAAGUGCAUUUGAUGUCAUUGAUCUACAUGAAAAGAAAGCAUUAAUAUUAGACAAAUUCAUAAAAUUACAAUGUCCUGCAAAAACUGCUUCAUUAUUAAAAUAUCUAAGAUUUCAAUUGAAUAAAAUUUUAAAAUAUCGAAUUGAUUAUCCGGCAGCAGAAUUAAAUUCUGAACAAGAACAAUGGCUAGAUUUGACUCUGGAUGUUAUAAAAUCUACUGAAGCAGAAAAUUAG